UGAGACAGUGACGACGUCACGGUGGAAACGUGAAGAACAGUCUAGAGCUUUAGACACAGUUAUAAAAACCUGGAGAGGCGUCAUGGAGAAGACAGUAAAACUGAAGAAGAGCAACGGCGAUAUCAAGGAGAAGAGAAGACGGAGAAGAGAAACAACAACAACUAAACUAGGAGUGAAGAAGAAGAGGAAUAACAACUAAACCAGGAGAGAAGAAGAAGAGGAACAACAAAACGUACUUACUAAACUUACAGACGAGACCCGGAGAACCAGAAUAAUACUCAAGGGAAAACAGUGAAGAUGACUGCAGCUAAAGGCACUGCCAUCGGCAUCGAUCUGGGCACCACCUACUCCUGUGUGGGGGUUUUCCAGCAUGGAAAAGUGGAAAUCAUAGCCAAUGACCAGGGCAACAGGACGACACCGAGCUACGUGGCGUUCACCGAAACCGAGAGGCUUAUUGGCGACAGCGCUAAAAACCAGGUGGCUCUAAACCCUAGCAACACCGUGUUUGAUGCUAAGAGGCUGAAGCACUGGCCCUUUAAGGUGGUGUCAGAAGCAGGCAAGCCAAAAAUUGUAGUGGAGCACAAAGGGGAGAACAAGACCUUCAAUCCCGAGGAGAUUUCCUCCAUGGUCUUGGUAAAGCUCAAGGAAACGGCAGAGGCAUACCUGGGUCAUAAAGUGUCCAAUGCUGUCAUCACCGUCCCGGCCUACUUCAACGACUCCCAACGGCAGGCGACGAAGGACGCAGGUGUCAUAGCCGGGCUGAACGUCCUGAGGAUCAUCAAUGAGCCCACAGCAGCUGCCAUCGCAUAUGGUUUGGACAAGUGCAGGACGGGGGAGCGCAACGUCCUGAUUUUUGAUCUGGGUGGAGGAACAUUUGAUGUGUCCAUUUUGACAAUUGAUGGCGGCGUCUUUGAGGUGAAAGCCACAGCUGGCGACACUCACCUCGGUGGAGAGGACUUUGACAAUCGCAUGGUCACCCACUUUGUCGAGGAGUUUAAGAGGAAACACAGGAAGGAUAUCAGCCAGAGCAAGAGAGCACUGAGGAGGCUGCGUACAGUUUGUGAAAGGGCCAAGAGGACGUUGUCCUCCAGCUCCCAGGCAGGCAUCGAGAUCGACUCACUCUUCGAGGGCAUCGACUUCUACACGUCCAUCACCAGAGCUCGCUUUGAAGAGCUGUGCUCAGACCUGUUCAGGGGAACUCUGGAACCUGUGGAAAAAGCCCUGAGGGACGCCAAGAUGGACAAAGGACAGAUUCACGAUGUGGUCUUGGUGGGAGGCUCCACCAGGAUCCCAAAAAUCCAGAAGCUCCUGCAAGACUUCUUUAACGGCAGGGAGCUGAACAAGAGCAUCAACCCAGAUGAAGCGGUGGCGUACGGUGCAGCCGUCCAGGCCGCAGUUCUCACAGGAGACACCUCCAGCAAAGUUCAGGACCUACUGCUGCUGGACGUAGCGCCUCUGUCCUUGGGUAUCGAGACAGCGGGUGGAGUAAUGACAUCACUGAUUAAACGCAACACCACCAUCCCCACAAAACAAACGCAGGUGUUCAGCACCUACGCUGACAACCAGCCGGGGGUUUUGAUCCAGGUGUAUGAGGGAGAGCGGGCCAUGACCAAGGACAACAACCUCCUGGGCAAGUUUGAGCUCUCGGGAAUUCCGCCUGCUCCACGAGGGGUUCCGCAGAUCGAGGUCACGUUUGAUGUGGACGCCAACGGCAUUCUGAACGUGUCUGCCGUGGACAAGAGCACGGGCAAACAGAACAAGAUAACCAUCACCAACGACAAGGGCCGGCUGAGCAAAGAAGACAUUGACAGGAUGGUGCAGGAGGCUGAAAAGUACCAAGCUGAGGACCAGAUUCAGAGGGACACAGUCAGUGCCAAGAACGCUCUGGAGUCGUACACCUUCAACGUGAAGAACAGCGUGAAGGAAGCCAGUGCGAACGGAAGGAUGGGAGAGGAUGAGGUCAAGGAGGUCGUGGAGAAGUGUGACGAGACCAUGGCCUGGUUGGAGAACAACCAGCUGGCUGGCAAGGAAGAGUUUGAGCACAAGCAGAAAGAGCUGGAAAAAGUGUUUCAACCAAUCCUUGUCAAGAUGAGUCAACGAGGAGGAGGAGGAGGAGGAGCUCCUGAAGGAGCCAGCUCCCAGGGCCCCACUGUAGAGGAGGUGGACUGAAACUAACUGCUGUUAGUUUGGCCCUGACCACAACUGCUGAGUGUUAAUAAAUACUUUACCUUCUGAUUUAUCUAUCUAUAUAUACAGAGAUAUCUAUAUUUUUAUAUAUUUAAAACCUACUGUUAUUGUUUUCUUUAUUCUUUACUUUAUUCUGUUGAAUUGGAAGAGAAAAGCUGAACAUUUCCUCACUGGUCAUAGUGUGUUUUAUAACUGUCUGUCUCGUCCAACAUUGCAAUACAAUAAAAUGUGAUGUUGUUUGAAA